AAUUAUUAAUAAAAAGAAAUACUUUUACUGUCAAAUUCCUAAUCUUUAGGCUGUUAAUUGACGGUUGUUGGGCCCCUCAAGUGUCGACGUGGAUUUAGAAAAACCAUUUGUAAUCAAGAGGCCAGCAGUACUAUACAGGGUCCAUAUAUACAGUAGUCUUACGUGGAUUUUUGUCGUUUCUGAACGGACACAACAAAUAUGACCUUACGUAGAAUUCAAACCCUUUAUCCUCCAUCUUUUUGGCUAUUAUUCAGCCUUUCCCAAUGACCAAACUGACAAAAAUGACAAGUUGCUCCGAUUUCUGAAUUCGCUCCAUAACGUCUGACCCUUUCACGUCGCGAUUGAGUGAUUUCUCUUUCACCAACACCGCUCUCUCUCUCCUCUCUCUAUCGAUGAAAAUCUCUGACUCGAGAGUUCUGUGACUCCCUGUCACAAAAUCUGCAUGUGUACGUCGUCGUUUGCGCGCCACCCCUGUAUCUCUCUCUCAUAAAUGCUAGCUAUUGGUUGCGAGCGUUUGGGAGUUCACAAAAGAAGCUAGAGGCUCUUUCUGUCUUUUCCUUGAUUAUUUUUUUUUCCCAUUUGAAUGCAAAUUAUUAAAAUCGUCAAUUUCUCAGAAAAACAAUUUAAUCAUUUCGUAGACAAAACUAAGAAAAAAUGAAGCACUUAAUCAUUAUAUAAACACACUGUUCGUCAAUGUUAUUACACGUAAUUUAUUUUUCUAAUAGCUAUAUAACUUUGUGGUAUUGUUAAUUUCGGAGUUGUUUUUUCUUGGCACUCUUUCUUUUCUGUUUUUAGAUUCGUAAUUAAUUAUGUUCAUGCAAACGAGUUAUUACCCAUAAAAAUUAAAAAAUCCCAUUAAGCAACGAUAAAUGCAUAUUAUUAAUGCGUUUGUCAUUUUUCCUACUCUAUAUAAAACCACCCAUGCACGGGUUUCUUUCAAAGUGGUCUCUCUUUCAGUUAAACCAGAAACCACAGCAACAAAGGAGGCAAGGGUUAUGCCAAAUAAAGAGAGGAUCUAGAAAGAGAAAAGGUCAUGCAUCUUUUCUGAUAUAACAAGAACACCAAUCCUCUAGCUUCAAACCUACCUCGUCUCGUUUCACUUCUCGUUCCCUUUUAAUGCAACCCAUGAAAUAUGUGAAAAGAAGGGUACGUUUUGGUUUCUGUUCUUAAUUCUGGCGAUCGAUGGUUAGGAUGGCUGUUCAGGGACAGUUUUACCAAGAAACUACAGGUUUUCCCAUGACUGGCCAACAGGAUCCACCUUUUGGGUUUGUUGACGACUUUCGUUUUAUCCUUCAUCAAUAUCCUCAACACAGUCAGUUUCCUCUUCAGCGGAGCACUCAAAAGUUGUGUAAUUUUGAUAGCAACGAAGGGGUUACAUCGUCUUCGAGUUGCAAUAGCUUCCCUCCAAUGGCCUUUUUUCAAUCUUUGGAUGCUCAGUUUAAGUUGGAGAGCCAGGGGAUAGACCACAUUCUUCAUUUACAGUAUGAAAGGUUGAGACUAGCUCUGCACGAGCAAAGGAAGCAAGAACUUGCAGUCAUCUUGAGUAAUAUCGAAUCGAAAACGUCGAGUUUGAUUAGGCAAAAAGAAGACGACUUGGCACGAGCAACAAUGAGAACUAUGGAGCUCCAAGAAUGCGUGAGAAAAGCCGAAACGGAUAGCGAAACAUGGCGAAGGAUAGCCAAAGCAAGCGAAGUCACGGUCGUAGAUCUAAACAACAGGCUCGAGCAGGUCAAAGAGAGAGUGGUUUUGGAGAGGAAUACAGCCGAAGAUGCAGCGUCGUUUUGUGGUUCAUGUGAGGGAGAGGAUAUAGGACAAAAAGAGGUAAAAAGGAAUAUCAAAAGUAUGACUUGUAAGAGCUGUUACUCUCGUAGCUCGUGUGUUCUUUUUCUUCCUUGCAGACACCUCUGUUCCUGCAAGUAUUGUGAAGCUUUUCUUGAAUAUUGUCCCGUGUGUAACACUGUGAAGGACGAGAGCAUGGAGAUUUUCUUGGCCUAAAACAAGGAACCACCGAACAAAAAAGGAAAAACAAAAGGAUCGAAGAUGAUGGAAAUGAAAAUGUUUGAGAAGAACUCACACGUUGAUACGGAUACCUGUACCGUCAUCAUAUCAUAUUUAUCGUUUUAUGUUUUCUCUACUUGUUUCCCGGGUCCAAUAUCGGAUUCUUUUGUACUGCAACAGUUGUACAUGUAUCGAAAUGAUGAUGACAGUAUAGUAAAGAAUCUUCUCCUUUUUCCUCUUCUGGGUC